AGAAGCACGCCCUCACGGACAUCGACGGCAACCCGCGGGAGGCCGAGCCGGGCGAGGCGCCCCUGGAGAUCUCGGCGGAUUGCAAGGCCUUCAUGAAGAUCAACGACGUCUGCAGCGCGGAGAUCGAGGAGCACUGCUCAAGCGACUUCUACGGAGGCGACAUAAUGAUUCGAUCGGCUGGUGCCUCCCCAAGUGGACCAAGCCGGAGGCGCUCGGAGCUGGCUGCAAGGAGGCGCUGCCGAAGCAGAAGGCCGAGGAGACGAGGAGGUCGACGAGGAGAAGGCCGCCUGGAGGGCGAAGCGGAAGGCGGCCAGGCAGCAGGCGAUGAAGGACAUCAAGAAGGAGGACAAGGCCCAGAAGCGCCGCCGCCGCCGCAGGAAGAGCGACCUGUGAGGUGGCGCGCCGCCCGGCCUCCGCGCGCGCGUGCGGGCUCCUCCGGCUUGUUAUAUUUUCCUCUCUCGCCCAUUCUCGAUUUCUCUUCUCCCGGAUUUGCCCUCGUUCUGGCUUCGUCUUACGCAGACGCUCCCCCCGCCAAGCAGCAGCACCGCAGCGCCGUGAGUGCACCGAGGGGCCCGUCGUCGCAACUGCAGACCUUGGGGAAGGCCGCGCAGCCCCUGCCGGGAGUCGAGAGCGGUGCCCUCCCAGCAGCAGGUGUUCUCGGUAGCAUCUCAUGGGAGCUUGGCAUGUCCUCGAGAUUCCGUCUCUACAGUGGGGGCGCGCAUUAAGAAACCAUGUGCUUUUCGUCUGGGUAUCCUGGGUUUCUUCGCUCCGCGCGCUGCGCGGUGAAUUCCCACAGCCGCUGAAGAAGCUGCUGAGUUCAGUGUGCUCCGGGCUUAGCCUCAGAGGCAUCUCGCGCGCGGGUUUUCAGGUAGUUUUUUGUUGCGAUGAUUUCUUGCGGCCGCGCCCGCACUGUAGAAUGCAUUCCAGAAGGAGCGCUGUUGAAGGAACGUUCGUUUCCUUAUCCAAUACCCUCACGUAGCUCGCGCUAGCGUCUUGCAGGGGCCUCGCCUGUCUGGGCUCCGCGGCGGCGGCGGCGGCGGCCCUGAGCAGUUGUUAUGAUGUACAUGUACAAAUCGUAGCGGUCUGGUCGAAUAGGCAACCGUGGUCCCUUCUCCCGUCUCCAACCUCACCAGCCGCGCGUUUCAGGUGCAGGCGCGGUGGCAGCAUGCUCCCAUGACUGAGACGCGUUGUCGUUGCGAUCUGUUGUGAUAGUCUGCUCCCCACUGCGACCCCUCCUCAUCGAUUGCGAUGUACA